AUGCAGCUGCUAAGAUCCAGCCUUUUACUUUUGCUGCCUUUUGUGGUAGCAAAUCCAAUCCCACAGGAAGACAGUGACAUUAUCCCUGGACAGUAUAUCAUCACUCUGAAGGAUGGCCUCUCACAGGCAGAUGUUGAAUCCCACAAAACCUGGGUUUCCUCCGUUCAUCGAUCCAAUCUUGCUGCUACAGGUCGGCAAGGAAUACAAUCCGGGGGCAUCGCCAAGGCCUUUCAAAUCCAUGAUUUGAACGUCUACUCGGGCAACUUUGAUGAGCAAACGGCGGAAGAUAUUAGACGUAGUCCAUAUGUGAAAUCCGUUACUCCUGAUCGAAAGGUGUAUCUCGCGGAGACCGUCACGCAGGAGGAUGCGAUAUGGAACCUAGGCCACAUGUCCAGCAAAGGUCAACCGUCCACCACCUACAAAUAUGACAGCGCUGCUGGUGAAGGCGUAUGGGCCUAUGUUUUGGAUACCGGGAUCCAUAUCUCCCACGAAGAAUUUGAAGGGCGUGCGAUUCUUGGGUACAAUGCUGUGAAAAACACACCUCAUGAGGAUAGGAACGGGCAUGUUGCAAAAAAGGCUACUGUUGUGUCUGCAAAGGCAUUCGAUACUGGCAGCAGCUCUUACACAUAUAUUUUCGAUGCGUAUAACUGGAUCGUCAAGAAUAUUACUGAAAGCCGGAGACAAACCAAAUCAGUUGUGAACAUGAGUAUUUCGAGUGCCAAAUAUCAGCCAUUCGACGAUGCUGUUGAGCGUGCUUACAGAGCCGGUGUUGUCACUGUUGCCGCUGCUGGUAAUGAUGGGAGAGAUGCUUCACGCAACACCCCAGCCUCUGCACGCAAUGCGAUUACCGUGGGAGCUUUCCGCGCUGACAACACUCGCUCCACGUUCUCCAACUAUGGCAGGGUUGUUGACAUCUUUGCCCCUGGAGAGUUGAUCAAAUCUUCUUGGCCUAGCCCUACCAACAACCUCACCAACAUUGCAAGUGGAACUUCGGCAGCAGCUCCCCAUGUUGUCGGCCUUGUCGCUUAUCUGAUGAGUCUUGAGACCUUCACGAGUCCGGCGGCAGUUGCGAGAAGGGUAAUUCAGCUUGCAAUCCCUAAUUUGGUCAAGAACCCUGGUACUGGCAGCCCCAACAGACUCGCAUACAACGGUAUCCAGGAGCGGCGUUGA